AUUAUUUAUUUAUAUUAUUUAAAGUGUGAGUGACACCUGCCCCUGUUUUAUCAAAAGGACCAUGUCCUUAAUUAGGGCAAGACCACACUUUUUUUAGUCUUUUGUCACUCUCAAUUUUCCAACUACCAACCAAUAAUAUAUAGCUGGUCCAAUUAAGUCUUUAUGAACUAAAAAAAAAAAAGAAUUAAAAAAAAAAUAGAACUAACAUUUCAUCUUCUUUCUUCUCUUACAAACAUACAAUUUCUAGUUUAUAAAGAAGAACCAAGAAAAUGGAGUGGUUUACAUGGCUAUCUCAAACCGGCCUCGAACCGCCACUAAUUUACGAAUACGCCCUCACAUUCGCCAACAACGAGCUCGUCGAAGACGACAUACCCUACUUGAGCCACGAGUUUCUCCAGAGCAUGGGAAUCUCGACGGCUAAGCACCGUCUCGAGAUUCUCAAGCUAGCAUCAUCAUCAACGAAAAAGAUCAACCGCGGAAGGAAAAUCGCGGACCCCGUUUUGUGGUUCGUCUUCGCGAUGAAGCGAACCAAGAAUUACGUCUCGGGCCGCAUCCACGCGUUGCUAACGGCGCGCCGUCGGGAGAGUAGUAAUCCGGCUCUCUCUGUGGUCCCGCCGAUGAGAUGCCAUAGUUUGAGGUGGAAGGUGGCUAUGCUGCAGAGGAGCAAGAGGGUGGCCGUUAAGGCGAAUAAUAAUAAUAAACAACGGGAAUUGCCGGUGUCGAGAAAUGAUCGUAGUCCUAGGUUUGUUGUGGAUGGUGAUUGUGGAAUCUUGAUGCUGACAAACGGGGGGGACCCACAAAGCCCGGAUUCGAGCCCGAGCUCGAGAUGGGCCGGAUCGGAGGGGCUGGCUAAUAAUGCGUGGAACAGCAGCUUUUCGAGUAGUACCGAAGAAAUCAUCAAGUGGGAUUCGAUGUUUCAGAAUUUGAAGCCCACAUGAUUGUAAGAGUUUAUAUAUAAUUAUAUAUAUAUUUGUAUAUUAAUCUUCUUAUUUCACAUGAAC